AUGUCGCUGAGCUGCAGCGCAAGGCAUAUGAUCGGUGCACCUUGCAAGAAGAAAAACCAGUCCGUCACAAGUGUGGAUCAGGACGCGUACUAUCGAACGCUAGCAUGGCAAAUCGUCCAUUUAAGUGUAUCCACUCACUUGGGUUCAAACACUUAUGCACCCAGGGUUACGGAAUUCAUUCAGACUGCACACCCCUACACGCCAGUCGGCGUAACAGGCAAUGCUGUCUCCGGCAUGAGCUCCAUUCAAUUUUCUCCAUAUCGCCAUUCUUCGAACCGGCCUGCUGUGACGGGUCGUGAAACCGUAGACCAAGCAAGAUACUACUCAAACAGUGAUCUUAUCGAAUGCGUUGAUGAAUGGGCAGGUGGCUUUUUCUGCAAUUUGGACGAAACUCUAGCGAGACAGGGUGAGAGCUCGCUUCAUAGGUCUCUGACGCCGUUCCAUGAGAAGCUCGACCGAUACACAGGAUGGAGGAACCCACCUGCGACAACGAAUAGCGAAAAUAAUAUCCCCAACGUCGAAUGGCUGUUUCUCAGCACGCAAUCUAUUCGUCUGCUAUUUCGAGCGCUCGAUCGUUCCCGGGUCCUCGGAGUCUGUAUGACAUUGACCCUAUCGCAAGACGACCUCACUCGUGAAGAGGUGGACAAGGAGCCAAUGCGUGUACAGACAGACUUCAUCAUGUCUAAUACUGGUCCCCUCGCCGGUUUCACUGUGCGCACCGAGUUGAAGGAGCUGCAAAAGGCCGAUCUUGGUCGCAAAUAUGGCUUGAAAGACAGGCGACCGCUUGAUCCACCGCCCGUGGUUCAGCUGCAAAUCUUUCGGGUGCACAAUCCCGGAACCUCCCAAGAAACGGAAGAAGAAAUUGUGUAUACGUCGAAAGAAACGGGGCCAGAAUCCAUGGAAUGGAGCAAUGAUGACGAUCCCUCCAGCGUGUCACGACCCCCUCACUCCGAUGACCAAGCAGGCCUUGCGUCGCUAAUGGAGACAGAGUCUCCCGUCGACAAUUCCAUUCAGCCUUUUCAUAGGUUCAAUCCACCGUACGCAGGGCCAUCCUCGGUCUCAGCCUCCACAGCAUGGCAACUGUCCGUCUUGGAGGCGGAGUCGUCAUCCACACAUCUGUCGACUCGACCUCAGACACAUCUUGGCGACCGCAACGUAGUGUCACCUGCGGAUGACCUAGCACCAACCAGAAGUGGCACUUACCCAGAAAGCAUGACUUCCAAUGAGAUACUGUGUGGAUCUCAAACUGUUUCGCCGACCUGCACGGAUUAUGUGGGCAAAAAGGCGUUGUUGUUUGUGUUCUCGGAUCUCGCUGUCAAAUCAGAGGGAACGUUUGCGUUGCGUUACCGUGCAUUCGACAUCUUAUCGAGUAUCCCAACCGGGAGAGGUCACGUUGCAAUUGCGGAGUGCAGUGGCGGUCGAUUCAGGAUAUACUCUACCAAAGACUUCCCGGGACUGCGUGCUUCUACCUCGCUUACGAAGAGUUUUUUGCCCGUCUCGAUUCUUGUAUAUCGUUGUAUUAGUAGACCUGGUGCUCUUUUCGACAUGUCUGUACACGCAAUCGGGAUCUCAGAGCUGAAGCACGCAUUUUCUUCGCAUGAUAGCGACGCCGAAGAGAAUCGACUCGUUGCCGCACGUAGUAUGAGCACCGUCCAACCAGACGGUGGCGGCGAAGACCGAAUAGAAGGGAUAGCUGGUGGUGUCAGCAUGUACCAGGGAUUGAGAAACACGAGCCUGAACCGAUGUGAAGGCAGUGAGAGUUUGUGGACGGUCGGUCGGAGACGGACAAAGGCCGAGGACCGCUCUCUUGGCCCAUCUCAAAAGAGAUUCACGGCAUUCCGCCUUUGGCCUUUGUCAUGCGGAGCGAGCAACCGACUGUAUGACAACCACCGCACCAUUGCCUUGAACGACCCCGUAUUGACAGAGACGAGCGCCCUGGGCAGACCGAGUAUGAGAGAAGGAAAGCUUGAGGUUGGUCAAGCAUCCUGGGUGACGGAGCGUCAUAGCUGCACCGCCUACAAGAAAGGGAGGAAUAGUGAAGCCCUUAAAGGAUCCACAUGGGAGCUCACCGUGGGGCUUGUACUCUGUCGAAGCAUAGCAAAAUGGGAACUGCCGAGUUUCAUGUAUGAGCCCGGGGCGUUGGACGCAGCCAGGUCAUGUUACGCGCUAGCCAGUUGGGCUCAAACGGCACAAGGUGGUACCCACUGGCAUGCGUACACGAAUGCUUUUGUGAAACGAUACUCACUCUUGAUCUAUGACACCAAUGUGGACGGCCAGACGAGACGACAAGAAGACGCGACAAAGCUCGUCAUUCACAUGCGAUCGGAGGCUUUAGAACAAGUUGCGUAG